CAGUGACAACAAAUGCAGAAACGAGUCCAACUCUCAACACUAUUUAUUUAUUUCAGCCUCAGUUACACAUCUGAUACCCCCGUUUAAAAGAAGGAAAUGACCUCAACAUUACAGCCACAGAAUGAGUCGCAGAGCGGGGUUUACACGUUUUCCAGCCGUCCGCGUCCGGUUCCCAGCCGCCCCAAAUACAGAAACACCGCUCCACUGCUAAAUGAAGAACAGGGCAGUUACGGAAACAUCAUGUAUGACCGACGAGUUUUCCGAGGAAACACAUAUGCUCAAAAUGUACUACCCAUUACAUCUCAGCCCGAUCCAGUCGAAUUCCUCAGACAACAGGAAGCCAGAAGAAAAGCUAUGUCCAGGAAGAGGGUGAAGGAGCAGUUUGGGCUGAAAACACCAGAACCACUGGAGGGCAGAAAGAACAUGGAUGUGCAGACAGAGACGUAUCUCGAGGAGUUGAGUGAUCAUAUAGAUGACACCAGCGUGGAAUGCCAAACAGACAUGUUCCUGGACAAACCGGCCACUCCCCUCUUCAUUCCAGCCAAAACUGGACGAGAUGCAGCCACACAGAUAGAAGAGGGAGAGCUGUUUGAUUUUGAUGUGGAGGUGCAGCCCGUGCUGCAGGUAUUGGUGGGGAAGACAAUAGAGCAGGCCUUGCUGGAAGUGGAGGAGGAAGAAGAGCUCACCAGCUUGAGGGCCCAGCAGCAAGUGUUCAAGGAGAUCCGCAAUGCUGAGCUGGUGGAGGUGCAGAGGAUGGAGGAGAGGGAACGGCGCCUCUGUUUAGAGAGGGAGAACCGGAUAAAGCAGCAGAUGGCAGUGCUGGAAAAGGAGAAAGAGACAGCAGAGAAAAUCGCUGCGAGAGCAUUUGCUCAGCAGUACUUGUCUGACUUGCUACCCUCAGUCUAUUCCAAUCUGAGGGAUAGUGGCUAUUUCUAUGACCCUGUGAAGAGAGAUGUAGAGACCGGAUUCCUUCCUUGGCUGAUGGAAGAAGUCAGCAGUACUUUAGAACAGAGAUAUGUGGCUAGAACAGUGCUUGACAUGCUCAUUCAAGACGUCACUAACCAACGAUUUGAGGCCUUUCAGCUGAAAGAAUAAACUAUUGCUUCCAAAUGAGAUUUCCCUUUACUAGAGGUCCUAACAGGAGUUGAAAAAUGCACCUGGAAAAGAUUUUAAGUGUGAAAAUUUUUUUUUUCUUCUUCUUAAUUUUCAACACAUUUGUUUUUGAUUUAAGUAGCAUUUAUAAAUAGAAUGGGCAAAUUUAAUUUUCAUACUAUGAGUGAAAUUCAAACUGUCAAUGUUCUGUCUUGAUGUACUUUCUUUGAACUGCAUUUUUAAGGACUGCGCUGUAGAUGGCGCUGCAGAGUCGCUAAAUCAUCACUUGAGAUUAUUCAUUCUCCUGGCCACAUGAUCAAUUUAAUACAUACGUCAUGUAUUGAAAACUUGUGAAAGACCCUCGUGGUUAUUUUGAUUGUGUUAAAACUUCGUUUUGGUGUUUGAUAUUGAUGAAAGUACAACAGCUAAAUGGGUUGCCAUUUGUUGUGUAGCAGAUAUAAGAGCUGCCCACAAAACGAUUCGCCAUUACUAUCUCAAUAAAGUGUUGUGGUUAUUGUCGCGCCAUUAUUCUCGUUGUCGCUUUUAAAUCAGCGUUCGUUUGAAAUGAAGUGAUUGUUACAUUCUCCUGUCGAGCUGACUCGUCUGGGCCGGUGACAUUUCAACUGUUUACAGUUCUGCUACAGCGUUCAUUCACUUCACGUUAUAGACUAUAUACGACUCUAUUUUAACCCUGCUUCUUUAUUGGUCAGCUCUCAGCUCUGACCACGCCCAAGUUUCACUUUGGGCUGAUGCGGUUCUUAGAAUUGGUAACGCAAAUAGAAACGAGUGUUUUGUUGUAAAUAUAACGUAAGGAAAGACCUCUGAGUCACAUAAUCACACUGUACUGACUUAUGCAGACCUCAAUAGACGUAAAUGUUUGCAUGACCUAAUAAUAAGGCUAUUGUUGGUCAUUCAAACAUAUGUGGGUUUUUAUUACAAUUUAACACACUAUACAAGCUUCAGAUACAGAGACCUUUUAUGGGCAAAGUCUGCAUCUAGAGAAUGGACUACAAAUUCUCUCUCUCUCUCUCUCUGAUAAACAUUUGCUUUUAAAUAUUCAGCAGUUUGCAGUAGUACUCUGGUGAUGAAAGGUUUACAUCAUGUUACACAUAGCCUGCCAUAUAGGAUAUUUAUUUGAGCAUGGUUACAGUAAUGACAGUAAUGGUCAAGUUACCUGUCAAUAAUUUCUGAGUUUGAACAUGGGCACACACACACACACACACACACACACACACACACACACACACACACACACACACACACACACACACACACACACACACAAACUCACACACACGUUGGUCUACCUAUCAUUAUGAGGACUUUCCAUAGACAUAAUGAUUUUUAUACUGUACAGACUAUAGAUUCUAUCCUUUGAACCUAACCCUCACAGAAAACUUUCUGCAUUUUUACAUUUUCAAUAAAACGUAAACAAAAAGUUUAAUAUGUUUUUUAAACUAUUUAAAUUAUUGGGACACUACAAAUGUCCUCAUAAACCACAUUUAUAGCAUAAUACACUUAUAAUUACCAGUUUGUAACCUAUAAAAGUGUCCUCUUAAUCCACAUAAACACACACACACACAUGUUGUGUUUCCAUGUUUUAUGGGGACUUUCCAUAGACAUAAUGUUUUUUAUACUGCACAUACUUUAUAUUAUAUCCCCUAACCCUCACAGAAAACUUUCUGCAUUUUUACAUUUUCAAAAAACAUAAUUGAGUAUGAUUUAUAAGCUGUUUUCCUCAUGGGGACCAACAAAAUGUCCUCACAAGGUCAAAAAUGUUGGGUUUUACUAUCCUUAUGGGGACAUUUGGUACCCACAAAGUGAUAAAUACAUGCUCACACACACACACACACACACACACACACACACACACACACACACACACACACACACACACACUUACUUAGCUCUCUACAGGACACACUUCCUAAUUUUUCAAUAUGAAGCCAAUUUUAAUUAUACAGAACCAGAAUAUGACUUGAAUGUUUAGAAUUACUGCAUGUUCCAUCAAUUGUGUCCCCAAAUACAGCUAAAUAAACCCUAAAAAUACAUAUCUCUGUCAGACAAGAGUAUUGACAUUAUUUUUAGAUUUUUUUUAAAAGAAGAAAUAAAACCAUUAAUGGAUCAAAUACUAUAAAUCCGUUAUUGUACAGAUGUUAAAGUGGUAAGGGGGAUUUUAUAGAAUCUGGAUCUUAACAGAAAAGGCUUGAAUGAAGUGAGAGAAACACUAUUUUGUGGCUGUCCUUAAAUGUACAAAACUAUAGAUCACACUUAUAAAAUCCUGUUCAUGUUUCUCAGAAUUGUGGAAAGAAAUGUAGAGGGAAAAGAGGAAAAAACAUCUAUUAUAUAAAGCCUUUUAAGUAAUUGACUUGUAUUCCCAGCUGUCCGGUGAUUCAGUUGCCACAAAUACUGUACAUUGAACCCCAUUGAAUAAAUCUAUCUGAGAGGUGAUGACAGUAAUUCCUCCCACCAAGCUUUUUAUUGGUUCCUCAGUUUUGUUCACACACUUUCACUUUAAUGAAAGAUGAACAGUAUAGCUCCAAACACCUGUACUUUUCUGCCAACGGUCCAUCUGUUUGUUGAAGUCAUUCAGAGAGUUUGCAGGUUUAUUAUUUGGGUCACUGACAAAUAAGGUUGUCUGAGGUGAUAAAAAUGAGAAGUCUUUUAAACUUUACUUUCAAACACAAGUGUCAAGUUCAUAGAAAUGUAAUCUUAGCUUAUAAUUAUGAUUAUGUUUUUGUAAUAUUUUUAUUUUAUUUUUUGGAAAAGCCUAAAUAGGGACCUGAGGAGCAACUUGGCAUGUGCUAUAAUGUCCAUGUUCAAUGCAUCUUUUUCAUUUUUUUUCUUGUUGAAAUCAUGUUUUUGUAUUAUCCUUACACAAUGAAAUAAAUACAAAUAAACAUUAAU